CCUGUCUUUUCUAUAUAUUUCCCUCUUCUCCUCACGACCAAAAAAUUCGACGCCCACUACAAUCAAAUUCCUCCUCUUCUUUCCUCUCUUUAUCCAAUUCAUCCAAUUAUGAUGCACGGGCAAAGCAUUGUUCAAUCUGAUUUUGCAAUUUUAGAGUCAGUUCGCCGUCAUUUACUCGGUGAAUCGGACCCUGGACUCACUGUUUCAACUGCUACUUGUAAUUCUACUGCCACUGCUCCUCCUCCUACCGCCACUUCUUAUUGCCGGAGUUCCAGUUUCAGCCGCUUGUACCCUUGUUUAACUGACACUUGGGGGGCUCUUCCUUUGAAGGAAAAUGAUUCUGAGGAUAUGCUUGUCUACAAUUUCUUGCAGGAUGCUCUCACUCAAGGUUGGGUUCCAGUCCAACAGGAGGUUACCGACAGCUUUCAGCUUAAUUUCCCGGUGAAGGAGGAGCCUUUCGUGGCUGUUGACCAGCCAAUUAGCGCUCUUCCUGCUGCUCUGCCUGAGGCCCCGGCCACUCCAGCGGUGGCUGCUCCUUCGAAGGGAAAACAUUACAGGGGAGUUAGACAGAGACCGUGGGGAAAGUUCGCUGCUGAAAUUCGGGACCCGGCAAAAAAUGGAGCCCGGGUUUGGUUGGGAACUUUUGAGACGGCUGAAGACGCCGCUUUGGCUUAUGACCGAGCCGCUUAUAGGAUGAGGGGUUCAAGAGCUUUGUUGAAUUUUCCUUUGAGGAUUAAUUCUGGCGAACCAGAGCCGGUUAGAAUCACUUCGAAGCGAUCAUCGCCAGAGCCGACUUCUUCAGCGGAAAGUAAGUCACCAAAGAGGAGGAGAAAAGUUGGAAGCAACAGCCCAGCCGCAGCUCAAGCCGGGUUGGAAACGGGGAGUGCAGUGGCACAAGUGGCAUCGUGUACACGUGUGGAAGAAUCAUUGGUUUUAUAAUUCUGAGGUGGAAGAUAUCUGAAGUGACUCAAUAAUUGAUAGUUUCCGCCUUUCCGGAGCUGUAUGUAUGAGCACGAGCACGAGGGCAUAUUCAUUUAUUGGGUGACCACUUUAAUUAGGGAAAAGAAUAUAAAUAAGAAAAAAUCGGACGGUGCUGAUGGAUUGUGAAUACAAAGACUUGUUUCUGUCUUUUGGGUAAUUGGAUAAAAACACAUAUUGUUUUUAA